AUGCCCUCGAUUCGUGCGCAGAGGCGACCAUCGAUGACUAGCGAGCAUCAGUACAUGUGCAAUCCCCAGCAUGCUCGCAACUCACAUCCAUCGGUGGGCGAAAAUCGUGAUGCAUCUAGAAAAGGUGCGACGCAGUUGCCCAGCAGCGUGGAGUUGCUAGUAGCCAUGGCUGUCCGCAACCUUCACGGCCGCGAUGUGAACUCAGCACGAACUGCACGUGUCGUUAUAUAUGUAUUCGAUGAUAUGCUGUUGUCCUCGAUGACUAUUUUCGUGGAAGUGAGUGAAUGA